AUGAUCAUGGCGUCCACAACAGACAAGAGCCGUGGCAUCCGCAUCGCCAUUGACCGUGGCGGUACCUUUACCGACUGCGUGGGCGAGCUGAACGGCAAAGAGAUCAUCAUCAAGCUCCUGUCCGAGGAUCCCGCCAACUAUGCCGAUGCACCGCUCGAGGGUAUCCGGCGCAUCAUGAGCCACUUUCUCGGCCGGGAGAUUCCCCGUGGCGAGGCGCUCGAUACAACCCAGAUUGACUCUAUCCGCAUGGGCACGACGGUGGCGACGAAUGCGCUGCUGGAGCGAAAAGGCGAGAAGAUUGCGCUCGUCGUGACGCAAGGCUUCAAGGAUUGCCUGACGAUUGGCAACCAGAGUCGACCCAAGAUCUUUGACCUGGCCAUACGGAAGCCGGAUGUCCUGUACGAGCAGGUCGUGGAGAUUGAGGAGCGCGUCACGUUGGAGGACUAUGCGGAAGACCCGGAACGGACCGUCACCAAGGCAGAUGCGCAAGCGGGGACGGAGGACGCCCAGAGCCAUGAGCUCGUCAAGGGCUUGUCGGGCGAGACGGUGCGGAUACUGAAGAGAGCGAAGGAGCAGGACGUGAGGCAGAAGCUGCAGGGCAUCUACGACGCAGGGAUACGGAGUAUUGCCGUCUGUCUGCUGCACGGAUACACAUUCCCGGAUCACGAGGCUCUCGUCGGGCGGAUAGCCAAGGAGGUUGGCUUCGAGCACAUUUCGCUCAGCCACGAGCUCAUGCCCAUGAUCAAGCUCGUGUCGCGCGCCACGUCAGUCUGCGCGGACGCGUACCUCACACCGGCCAUCAAGAAGUACAUUGAUGGCUUCUCAGGCGGCUUUGAGGGCGGUCUGGGAACGCGCAGCGUGCAGCAGGAGUCUGGAGCCAAGGGCGCGCGGUGCGAGUUCAUGCAGAGCGACGGCGGUCUCGUCGAUGUCGAGAAGUUCACCGGUCUCAAGGCCAUUCUCUCAGGACCCGCGGGUGGUGUCGUGGGCUACGCCAUGACCUCGUAUGACUCGAACACAAAGACGCCUGUCAUCGGAUUCGAUAUGGGCGGCACAUCUACAGACGUCUCGCGCUAUGGCGAGGGACGAUAUGAGCAUGUGUUUGAGACGACGACGGCUGGUGUCACCAUCCAGUCGCCGCAGCUGGAUAUCAACACGGUGGCGGCUGGCGGUGGCUCGCGCCUCUUCUUCCGCAAUGGCCUGUUUGUGGUCGGGCCCGAGUCUGCGGGUGCCCAUCCUGGUCCCGCGUGCUACCGCAAGGGAGGCCCCGCGACGGUCACCGAUGCCAACCUGUACCUGGGACGCCUGCUGCCCGAGUUCUUCCCCAAGAUCUUUGGCAAGAAUGAGGACGAGGGCUUGGACCCUGAGGCGAGUCGGAAGGUGCUGCAGGAACUGGCUGACCAGGUCAACGCGGAGACGGGCAAGACCAUGACUGCUGAUGAGGUUGCGUAUGGUUUCCUCACGGUGGCUAACGAGGCCAUGACGCGACCUAUCCGGUCGAUCACCGAGGCCAAGGGCCACGACACCGCGAAGCACCGCCUGGCGACGUUUGGCGGCGCCGGUGGACAGCACGCCGUCGCCAUUGCCGACUCCCUGGGCGUGAGCCAGAUCCUCGUGCACCGAUACUCCUCGGUUCUCUCGGCCUACGGCAUGGCCCUGGCGGACGUUGUCGAUGAGAGACAAGAGCCCGAGUCCAAGGUCUGGGAAGACGGUGGCCGUGUCGUCCAGGAGCUGCAGACCAAGAUGGACAAGCUCAAAGACAAGUCGCGAACUACUCUGCAUGAGCAAGGGUUUGAAGAAAAGGAGAUUGAAUUUGAGGAGUAUCUCAACAUGCGCUACCGCGGCACCGAGUCCGCGCUGAUGAUUAUCAAACCAUCCGAGGAGGAGGCUCGGGAGAAUUUUGACGGGAAGGACUGGGAGUUUGGCAAGGCCUUUGUGAAGCAGCAUCGCUACGAGUUUGGCUUCACGCUGGAUGACAGGGACAUAAUCGUCGACGACGUCCGUGUCCGUGGUAUCGGCAAGAGUUUCCGACACAAUGAGCGCACCGUGGAUCAACAGCUCCAGGAGAUCAAGCGUCAAGAUGUGGGUGGGGAUCAGAAGCACGGCGAGCAAGAGGUCUACUUUGACGGGGGACGGCUGAGCACACCCAUCUACAAGCUCGAGUCCCUCAGCGUCGGUCAUGUUAUUCCUGGGCCAGCCAUGCUGGCAGACGGCACGCAGACGAUCGUCGUGACGCCCAACGCCAAGGCGCUGGUCACCGAAUCUCAUGUCAUCAUCGACCUUGAGACCGCCUCAAAACGCGAGGCAUCCAGCACCGACAAUGCGACCCGCGAGGUCGACCCCAUCAUGCUCAGUAUCUUUGGUCAUCGGUUCAUGGCCAUUGCCGAGCAAAUGGGACGCGCGCUCCAGAAGACGAGCGUCAGCACAAACGUCAAGGAGCGCCUGGACUUUUCCUGUGCCAUCUUCGACGCCACGGGUGGCCUGGUCGCCAACGCGCCCCAUUUGCCCGUGCAUUUGGGCUCCAUGUCGACGUGCGUUCGACGCCAGGCGGAGAUCUGGAGGGGGAAGCUGCACAAGGGCGAUGUCAUCAUCUCCAACCACCCUUCGUAUGGAGGGACUCAUCUGCCGGACAUUACACUCCUCAUGCCCGCCUUUGACGCCAAAGGCGAGAAUAUCCUGUUCUACGCCGCGUCGAGGGCGCACCAUGCCGACAUUGGCGGUAUCAGCGCCGGCAGUAUGCCCCCUCACUCCAAGGAACUCUUUCAAGAGGGCGCCGCCAUCCGCAGCGAGAAGCUUGUCAGUCAGGGCAAGUUUGAUGAGAAGCGUGUCACCGAGCUUCUCUACGACGAGCCAGCGCAGUAUCCCGGGUGCAGCGGCACGCGCUGUCUCGCGGACAACAUCAACGAUCUGCGGGCGCAGGUAUCCGCCAACCAAAAGGGCAUCUCCCUGAUCGAGACCCUGAUCGAGGAGUACGGCGAGGAGACGGUGCAAUUCUACAUGGUCAACAUCCAGAAGAAUGCCGAGGACUGCGUGCGCGGCCUGCUCAAGAGUGUGUACAAGCGCUUCGAGGGCAAGGCGCUCUCCGCCGUCGACUACAUGGACGACGGCAGCCCGAUCCAGCUCCAGGUCAAGAUCGACCCGGACAAGGGGGAGGCCGAGUUUGACUUUGCCGGCACUGGGCCCGAGGUCUAUGGCAACGUCAACGCGCCGCAGGCCAUCACUUUCAGCGCCAUCAUCUAUUGUCUCCGCUGCCUCAUCUCCGAGGACAUUCCCCUCAACCAAGGCUGUCUGAAGCCUAUCCACGUCAAGAUUCCGCCCAAGUCCAUCCUGUCGCCCUCGCCCUCCGCCGCCGUCGUCGGCGGCAACGUCCUCACCAGCCAGCGUAUCACGGACGUCAUCUUCAAGGCCUUUGAGGCCUGUGCCGCCAGCCAGGGCUGCUGCAACAACCUCACCUUUGGCUUUGGCGGCAACCAGUCCGGGCAGGACGCCGUCAAGGGCUUUGGCUACUACGAGACGAUUGCGGGUGGCAGCGGCGCCGGCGCCGACUGGGCUGGCACAAGCGGCGUGCACUGCCACAUGACCAACACGCGCAUCACGGACAGCGAGAUCUUUGAGCGGCGCUACCCCGUCAUCCUGCGCGAAUUCUCGCUGCGCGGGGGCUCGGGUGGUGACGGGCAGCACAAGGGCGGUGAUGGUGUGAUUAGGGAUAUUGAAUUCCGCAUCCCGCUGCAGGUGUCCAUCCUGAGCGAGAGACGCGUGUACCACCCGUACGGCCUGAACGAGGGCGGGGACGGUGCCUGCGGUUUGAAUCUCUGGGUGCGUCGGGUGGAAAAGUCCAACUGGGAGCAGUCGAUCCAGGCCAUCCACGGCAGCGAGGGACCUCAUGAGACCGAGUACGAGGAGCGGCAAAUCAACCUAGGAGCCAAGAACAGCGCGGCCAUGAAGGCGGGCGACAGGGUCAUCAUAUGCACACCGGGCGGUGGCGGUUGGGGGAAAGCAGGCGAGGGGAGCGUGGCGAAGCGCAGGGUGGAUGUCACGGAGAGCUGGCGGAAGGGAAGUGGUGCGGCGCGCGAUGAGGCUGCGCUGCAGGCGUGA